UCCUGUGGAAGUGGACCGUGGCAGGCUGCUGUGACCCGGUGUUCGCCGUAAACAUGGAGUCCGUGUGUGUGGACACUUUGAUCCUGAAGCUUCAUGAUGUGAACGCGGUGAAGUUCGGGGAAUAUCGGCUGAAAAGCGGAAUGAUGACGCCGAUUUACAUCGACCUGCGCGUGCUCGUGUCGCACCCCGCGCUCAUGAACCAGGUGUCGAGCCUCAUGUACCAGCGGGUUCUGGACGAGGGUCUGCAGUUCGACUCGGUCUGUGGCGUUCCGUACACAGCUCUGCCUUUGGCCACAAUCAUCUGUUCCAGACACGAGCUGCCCAUGCUCAUCAGGAGGAAGGAGGCCAAGGACUACGGAACCAAGCGAAUGGUGGAGGGUUUGAUCCGUGAAGGCGACACGUGUCUGAUCAUCGAGGACACGGUGACCAGCGGCGCCAGCAUCCUGGAAACGGCCGAGGUCCUCUACAAAGAAGGACUGAAGGUGACCGACGCCAUAGUCAUGAUGGACCGAGAACAGGGGGCGGUGCAGAUGUUGGCGUCUCGGGGGAUCCGACUCCAUCCCAUCAUCUCCAUGUUCAAGCUGCUCAACGUGCUGCUCGCCGCCGAACGCAUCGAUGCGCAAACCGCCCAGAGCGUCCGCGAGUUCAUCCUGGACAACAACACCUUCAGCCCUAAGGAGAAGAACGGUAACGGCGUUCCUAAUAAGAAACCAUGUGUGGAACAGGAAGUGAAGAUGAGCUACGCAGAACGAGCCAAACUACCAAACGUUCACCCCAUGGCGUCAAGGCUGCUGAAGACCAUGGAGGACAAACAGUCCAACCUGUGUGUGUCUGCAGACGUAACCGGCAGUGACGAGCUGCUGCAGCUGGCCGACGCCCUGGGCCCGACGAUGUGCAUGAUGAAGACCCACGUGGACAUCCUGAAGGACUACACUAUGGACGUGAGCCAGAAACUUCAGGCUUUGGCUGAGAAACACAACUUCCUCAUCUUCGAGGAUCGUAAGUUUGCAGACAUCGGGAACACAGUGAAACAUCAGUACGAAGGGGGGCUGUACCAGAUCUCGUCCUGGUCCCACAUAGUGAACGCCCACGCAGUACCAGGACCCGGGGUGGUCCAGGGUCUGGGGGCCGUGGGGAAACCUCUGGGCCGAGGCUGCGUCCUCAUAGGCCAGAUGAGCUCCAAGGGGUCUUUGGCCACCGGCGACUACACCCAGACAACGGUGAAAAUGGCAGAGGAGCAUUCAGACUUUGUGAUCGGUUUUAUCUGCGGUUCGAAGAUAACCAAGAGGCCAGAGUUCAUCCACAUGACCCCUGGAGUCCAGAUGCAGGCUGGAGCCGACACACUGGGCCAACAGUACACCACCCCGGAGGAGGUCAUCAGGAACAGAGGCUCUGACAUCAUCAUCGUGGGACGGGGCAUCCUGGAGGCCCCUGAUAGGCUGAAAGCUGCUGAGUCAUACCGACAGUCGGGCUGGGAGGCGUACACGGCCAGACUGGGCCAGUAGGAGUCGGACCGGUCGAUCUAACACAUUUUAGUUCAAGGGCCACGUUCAGCCUGAUCUGAUCUAAAGUAAACCAGUAAAAUAAUGACAUAAAAACCUAUAAAUAAUGACAACUACUAAUAUUUUUCUGUGCUUUUCUGCAAAAAAGUAACAUUAUGAACACUUUUAUAAUUAAAAAAUAAUGUGAAUACCCUCAACAACCUGAAAUUUCUUGAGAACAACAGAUCAGCACAACAGAUGCACAAAACAUGUAGCAGAAUAUAUUUAAAACUGCCCUUAUUUUUCUUGAGAAAUUUCAGGUUGUUCAUAGUUUUUUUUUUGCAUUUUUUGUAAAAGGAUAUUUUGCAAAUGUAACCCUUUUCAUAGUGUUAUUUUAUUUUUAGAACUGAAACGAUUAAUCGACUCAAAGUGAUGCAAAAAAAAAUCAUUCAACCACAAUUCUCCUGAAUCAAAGCUUUGUUUCCUUCAUUUCUCUGCUGUUAAACAUUGG